AGAAAUAUGGGGAUAAGGAAAAUCAUCUGGUGGCUCAUACUUGUAUACUCGUAUGAUAAAAUUUCGGCUUUUGAUGACAUUUUGUACAGACGCUCUCCGACACUUCAUACUCAAAUGGGACAACUCUUCAAAUUAUGUUAUUCUCACCGACUGAACCCAGUUGUAAUUACCACUAAUCUGAUUGAUAUAAUCGACGAACUCCAAGUGGAGGAUGUAAACUUCCUAGUUAUGACUAUCGACCGUGAUUUCAAGGCCAAAGACAUACGAAUAUUCAUACCUGAUUACCCGCUGUACAUCGUAUCAACAGAUUCAACCGAUCAACUGCAACGACUCCUCAAUGAACUGAAAUCGACAUCGACCUGGAACCUUGUAUCGAUAUUCUUCUUCAUCGAAGCUGAAGGAAACAAUUGUCAAAAUGCAUCGCAAGUGUUGCAAUUGCUUUGGAAAUUCGAGCUGUUGUCUUCUUUCUACUUUUGUAUUGAGCCUCACAACGAUAUUAUGCUUUACACUUACAAUCCGUACACCAAUAGAGCUCCUGAUUCAUGGACUGAAGUCGACGCAGAUGACAAACCAGACAGUCGGUGGACUUUAUAUAAGCAACUGUACACUCCAAAUGAUAAAAAAGUAUGUCAAAGUCUCAGCUACGAUAAAACAAAAGCACUGGAUGGUUAUGAAUUUAAAGCUACGGUAGAUCCAGUGUCGUGGACGAAUUUAACCCGGAAUGAAACAUACGAUGUUUCUAGUUUGGACCAAUCAUUAGUAACUAUGGAAAAAAUGUUUAUGAUAAAUUUAUUUUCAGCAUUAAAUGUUACACCAAGAAUUAACUACGAUGAUCGGGGUUUAUAUAAAAAUAACAUAGUAAUAGGGUAUCUAAAAGCAUUAGUGAAUGCUACGCACGAUAUUGGUCUCGGAUCACGAUUGAUGAAUAAUAAUGCUUCUCAAGUUGUUGAUUUGAUUAAUCUUCACUAUCAGAAUGGAUUUCUGAUAUUGACGCAUCACAAGCCAUUUAAGAAACCUGUCGACGAAGUUACUGAUUUCUGUGAUAUUCGUCCUGCCGCUGCACUCUUUUUAGGCGUACUAAUAGUUACUUUCAUAACGAUUGCCUUGAAUACUGAUAAUAACUAUGCUCAAGCGGCUCUAGAUAUUUUACUUAUGAUAUUGGACACCGAAAUACUUACACCACUGCAACGAUUGUCGAUCAAGAUUUGUUACGUAGUAUCAUUUUUAAUCAUCUUCUUUAUGAAUCCAGCAAUUCAAGGCAAAAUAUCAUCGUAUUUGUCAACUCCAGACCACGGCAAUGUGGAAAGUUUUAAAGACGUCUACGAUCAAAAAUACAACUUUUAUUACGAUCCUAACUUUGAAUUUGACAUUCGUGAGCUAAAUUUAUGGUCAAGUUCGUCCAAUGAUAAACUUUUACAUCCUGUAGAUUCUGCCUAUGAGAGUUGCUCAAAAUAUGUCUUAAAUGAUUCUUCAGCUGCAUGUUUAUCGUACAGCGAGUUUCAAAUUGCGGAUGCUUUGAAGUACAAAUUACAUGUUACAACUACUUUUGAUCUCAAAUUUUAUUUGACAUUUUUCGUAAGAAAAAACUGGGCACUCAAAAAUAGGAUUGAUCAGAUAGCGUUGAGAUUGACAGAAGCCGGUCUUUUAAAUCAUUGGGACAAAGAAACAUUGCAUUGGCCUUUAAAGAAAAUUAAAGAAUAUGAAUCCAUUAGCAGCUCAACUGAAUACGAUCAAUUUACACUGGAAAACAUGCUCUUUGCCUACAUAUUCUUUUUGCUGAUCACAACUCUUGCUCUUAUUGUAUUCGGUUUUGAAAUGCUCCUAAAGAAAAUUCGACCACGCAGAAGAUUACGAUUGCAGCAAAAAAUUGUAAUAUUCAAUCGUCGAGUCCACGUUAUCAAUGAGUGGGUUUAA